UUGCAUGAAGGAUCAAUAGAAAAUCCACCAACGUUACCACUAUUUGGCAUGAGCUCCAGUAAAGAACUACGUACACCACCACAGCCUACUCAACAGCCAUAUCUAUCUCUACAACCCCAGUACUAUGCAUAUAUCCCACCUUAUCCCUCUUUUCCACUAUUAUCUCCGCAAUCUCACUCAGCUGUUUCAUCGCCUCUAAAGAAAGUACCAUCAAUGAAAGAGUUUCUGAAUGAACUUAAUGAAACAUAUGGAGAAGGCACUUAUACACACUUUGAAACUUCUUUCAUGGAACAGGAAGUGCUGGUUCAAUUUAUUUCUGAAUUUACUAAUACUGAUUUCAAAAAAUUAGGUAUUAAGAAAAUCGGAUGGCAAAAAGUCUUGAGACGGGCCACAUUAAAAAUAUUGUCGUGGGUAAAAUAG